AUGACGGAAAUUAGGUCCUCGCAAGCUGGUCUGGAGGAUCCAGCUCGUGCUCGGAAUGGACAUGUCUCAGAAGAUCCCAAGCGGGACAGGAGGCGGUCUGAGGAGUCAUUACAAGCGCCGUUGGCGUCAAGCGAACCCGAGUCUAGCCAGACACCGUCCAAGAACACUGCGAAACCGACCAUAAUUACCGACGUAUCAGAGGCACAGGCGACCUUUCGUCAGGCCUUUCCGAGCAUCUAUGGUGCUCGGACUCCGUCAAAUCGCUCGUCCACGAGCUCGCUACAAGCUCUCAACGAAGACACGGUCGUCGAUGUCCGAUCGGAAAAUGGAAGCAUCGGACGCAGCCCUCGCCGGGCUUCUCGACAAUCCGAUCACGAAUUACCCGUUUACCCUGAUCAAUCGUAUGCCUCAUUACAUUCUCAGAUACACCCGAACUGGCGGGCACCCCACCUCUUCCAACCCGAUCCGCUGCCACGGCAUUCAUACGCCCGUGGCAUACGCACGGCGGGCAACACCCCGAUCUCAAGCCCGGGGCUGUUCUCUAUGAGACACCCUAAUUUGAAGACACCCUCUGGCUCUGACGAUGAGAGUUUGGGUAGCACCUAUCUCCACCCAACACAUCUUAAUCCGCCCAAAGAGACCCACACCGCUGAAGUGGACCGCGAUAUUAUCACUGGUAAUAAAACCAUCAAUCAAUACGAGAUUCUCGAGGAACUGGGACGAGGUGAACAUGGCAAAGUGAAACUAGGCCAGCAUGUCACCACCAAGCAGAAGGUCGCCAUCAAGAUUGUUCAACGAUACUCUACCCGCCGUCGAUUAGGCAAGCUAGGUAACCCGGAAGACAAAGUGAAAAAGGAGGUUGCCAUUCUAAAGAAGGCCCGGCACCCGAAUGUGGUCAGUCUGCUCGAGGUCAUCGACGAUCCAAACCGACAAAAAGUGUAUAUUGUGCUGGAGUAUGUCGAGAACGGCGAGAUCUCAUGGCGCAAGAAGGGUCUCCGAGAGAUCGUCCACGUCGACAAGCUACGCCUUGAGCGGGAGAAGAACGGAAUUCCUGACACCCCUGCCUUCCUGGAAGAGAGUCACCAAUUCAUCCGAACUGCGCAGCACUUGCGGCGACAGCGGGAACGGGCUCGCGAGCGAAUUGAGGCGCAGGCUGCCGACGCUCAACAAGAUCAUUCUGCGUGGAGUCUGGAGCAUGGUGCAGAGUCGUCGGACGAGGAGGAAGAUGAGGAUGGCGGUUUGAUGAUUAAAAGAUCAUCUAGCCGUCGUUCUGUCGCUGUAACAGAUGACUCGAGUCCGUCUUCUGCCCAAGAUCCAUCUCUGAACGCAGUCGAGGGUACUAUGUACGGUGCUUACUCAGACUACCCAUUCGAGCGCCGUUUCAGUACGACUUCGAGUAGCUUCGGUUACGCGCCCUCUGAGCCCGAAUGGUCUGCUGAGGGUGAUGACAUGGCAUUCGUCCCUUGCCUGACCAUCACUGAAACACGCAGUGCCUUCCGUGACUCGGUCCUUGGCCUGGAGUACCUUCACUUCCAGGGUAUUAUCCACCGUGAUAUCAAGCCAGCCAAUUUACUUGUCACCAGUAAUCAUCGGGUGAAGAUCUCCGAUUUCGGCGUCUCAUACUUGGGUCGUCCAAUGCGUGACGAAGAAGAAGAGCAUGUUGGUGAAACCGAUGCCGCGGAAUUAGACGAUGCUCGUGAGCUGUCCAAAACUGUCGGUACACCUGCCUUCUAUGCACCUGAGCUUUGUUAUACCGGCGAUGACUUUGUUGAGACCAUUGGGUCGAUCCCCAAGAUCACUGGCGCGAUAGACGUGUGGUCUUUGGGUGUCACGUUAUAUGGAAUGAUCUUUGGCCGUCUACCUUUUGUCUCGGACGACGAGUAUAGCAUGUUCCAGACCAUUGUGAAAAAGGAGGUAUUCAUUCCGAGAAAGCGCCUUGUGCCCGUGAUAGAUGACUGUUCGGACUCCAGCCAGUGGAAUAUGAGGAACAGCGAUGAGCUUGUUUAUGAGGACAUCGAGGACGAGCUAUACGACCUUCUCAGACGCUUGUUGACUAAGGACCCAGUCAAGCGGAUAACACUCAAGGAAAUCAAGCAUCAUCCUUGGACUCUUCACGGUCUUCCCAACCCUCGGAUCUGGAUCGAAGAAACUGACCCCGGCUUCCAAAGCAAGGGCAAGCGAAUUGAGGUCUCAAACGAGGAAGUCACCAGUGCCGUCAGCAAGGUUCCAUUCAUUCAACGUGUCCGAUCUAAUGUUGCCAAAUGGUUCGGUGGCCGAUCAAAGGAUAAGGAAUCUCGCAAUCGUCCAUCGAGCACAACCCCUUCCACUGAAACCCUCUCCUCCGCUUCGAGCAGCACAUUCGGCAAAGGCUCUCGUGAGAGUCGCCCAACCAGUCUACGGGGCGAUGAGGACUUCUUCCGGCCGCUCAAAUUUGGCAGCCAAGGACAUCCUCUUGCUCAGAGCGUUACUGCUAGCCCCGUGGAUGAAGGUGAUUGGGCGUCUUACUUCGAUAAUGUGCAAACACCUGCGCUCAAGGCUGCUCCGGCUCCAGCUGUAACGUCACGACCUGCCCCUCCUCGGCGCGCUAAGUCUUCCAUGUCUACAACGGAAUCCACCAAGACAUUUCGACAUUCCCCUGCCGAUUCGAAAGGGGGAGAUGCACGCUCUUCCAUCAUCGAAGCAUUAGGAUCGACCAACUUCGGUAGCCUUUUCAGUGGCGCAACCCGACGGGCAUCGCGUGGCAGUCGAAGUCGACGCACGUCACCGUCUGGUGAGCCAGGAUGCCAUAAGGAAGAGCCACACUCUGAGCCCAGUAUUGCUGUCAGUACAGCAUCGGCACAGGGCCAGGUUCGGACAACGGGUUUAUGGCAUGAUGAAGGUCAUCCCACCCCAGAGAAGCUGAAUCCUGAGUCUGCACACCGACGCAAUCGUUCUCAACAGCUUGCGGGCAAGUCGUCCGCGGAAUCGUUCCAUCUCACCAGGGAUGCACUGUUGCGCCGCAGGAGAAGCGACAUUGACGCAACCGAGGGCGGCACUUUGAGAGUCGACUACGCGAUGUACUCCACCGAGUCGCUCCUCCUGCCUCCCAUGGCGCCGCCCGCGGACUCUGGCUGCCCUGCAGAUAAUCCCAAUGGCGGACUUGCAAACUCCAAUUCGGCUACGAUUUCUUCGUCCUCGGCCGACGACUUCACCAGCGGCAUGUCGCAGAGUGCUUCACACCCCAGCAUCCCAUCUGUUGUCUCAAAUGCCUCCUCGCUUUCAGGCGAUGGGCUCUACUCAAGGGAUAAGGAUCUGGAGGAAGUACCUUCUAUACUCCGCACUGGUGAAACUCUCAAACCUCAUCGCUCUGGCUCACCCCGACCAUCCGAAGAAGAUGAGUCGAGGUACUACUGCGAUGACGAGGACGAAGAAGAGUCCGAGGAUGAAGGCCUCGUCAUUGGGAAAAAGAAGCCGACACCAGCACCGAAGCCUGCUGACCCUCCACAACCCUCAAAUUAA